GGAUGAGAUCAUAGUUUCAGGAUCCUCAGGAAACCCUGGUACUGGCAGCAGCCAGCCUCUGCUGUGCCCACAUGACCCACAACUCUGGCAGCGGACCCGGCACUUCCAACAUUAUUAAAUAAUAAGAAAGCGGCUCCUACUCCGAGCCCAAACCUCCCUACAGACCCAUGGACACCUUCUAAGAGUUUGGCGAGUCGGAGACGGGGGCGUCGGUCCAUCGCAAGCUCAGUUAAAACUUGAGUCUGAAAACCUUGUCACUGCUGUGAGGAUCGUGCUACCAACAUCGCAUCCAAAGACCUAUGCUCAUAUAGGACCUAUUUCUGGAGGAUACACUAGAGAGAAAUAGGAUUUACCAGUCUCUGAAUGAAGUGCUUGAGAAGACUUUACAUGCCAUAGUCAACUGCAAUUUCAAAGAAGAGAAAAUAGAUGAUUUCGGAAAGUUCAUGCUGUUUCUCCACUGAAUUUUAGAAUGAUUGAAGAUAGUGGGAAAAGAGGAAAUACCAUGGCAGAAAGAAGACAGUUGUUUGCAGAAAUGAGGGCUCAAGAUCUGGACCGUAUCCGACUCUCCACGUACAGAACAGCAUGCAAACUUAGGUUUGUUCAGAAGAAAUGCAAUUUGCACCUGGUUGACAUUUGGAACGUCAUAGAAGCUUUGCGGGAAAAUGCACUGAACAACCUGGAUCCAAACAUAGAACUCAAUGUGGCCCGCUUAGAGGCUGUGCUCUCCACCAUUUUUUACCAGCUCAACAAACGGAUGCCAACCACUCACCAAAUCCAUGUGGAACAGUCCAUCAGCCUCCUGCUCAACUUCCUGCUGGCUGCCUUUGACCCGGAAGGCCAUGGUAAAAUUUCAGUAUUUGCUGUCAAAAUGGCUUUAGCCACCUUGUGUGGAGGGAAGAUCAUGGACAAAUUAAGAUAUAUUUUCUCAAUGAUCUCUGACUCCAGUGGAGUGAUGGUUUAUGGGCGAUAUGAUCAAUUCCUGCGAGAAGUCCUUAAAUUACCCACAGCAGUUUUUGAAGGUCCCUCAUUUGGUUACACAGAACAGUCAGCUAGAUCCUGUUUCUCUCAGCAGAAAAAAGUGACGUUAAAUGGUUUCCUGGACACGCUCAUGUCAGAUCCUCCCCCACAGUGUCUGGUUUGGCUGCCCCUUCUCCAUCGACUGGCCAAUGUAGAAAAUGUUUUCCAUCCAGUUGAGUGUUCCUACUGCCACAGCGAAAGCAUGAUGGGAUUUCGCUACCGAUGCCAGCAGUGUCACAAUUACCAGCUCUGUCAGGAUUGCUUCUGGAGGGGUCAUGCCGGCGGUUCCCAUAGCAACCAGCACCAAAUGAAGGAGUACACCUCAUGGAAAUCACCUGCUAAGAAGUUAACGAAUGCAUUAAGCAAGUCUCUAAGCUGUGCUUCCAGCCGUGAGCCUUUGCACCCCAUGUUCCCUGACCAGCCUGAGAAACCACUCAACCUGGCCCACAUUGUGCCUCCCAGACCUGUAACCAGCAUGAAUGACACCUUGUUCUCUCACUCCGUCCCCUCCUCAGGAAGUCCUUUCAUUACCAGGAGUAUGCUUGAGAGUUCAAACCGGCUUGAUGAAGAGCACAGGCUGAUCGCCAGGUAUGCGGCAAGACUGGCAGCGGAGUCCACUUCUUCUCAACCAGCUCAGCAGAGAAGCGCUCCUGACAUCUCCUUCACCAUCGAUGCAAAUAAACAGCAAAGGCAGCUGAUUGCAGAACUAGAAAACAAGAACAGAGAAAUCUUACAGGAGAUCCAGAGACUGAGGCUGGAACACGAACAGGCUUCCCAGCCCACUCCCGAGAAGGCACAGCAAAACCCCACUCUGCUGGCAGAGCUCCGGCUCCUCAGACAGCGCAAGGAUGAGCUGGAGCAGAGGAUGUCUGCUCUCCAGGAGAGCCGGAGAGAGCUAAUGGUUCAGUUAGAGGGUCUGAUGAAGCUUCUAAAGACGCAGGGGGCAGGCUCUCCUCGCUCCUCCCCCAGCCACACCAUCAGCAGGCCCAUCCCCAUGCCUGUCCGGUCAGCAUCUGCCUGUUCCACCCCGACUCACAUGCCUCAGGAUUCUCUCACAGGGGUCGGGGGAGAUGUGCAAGAGGCGUUUGCACAAAGUUCAAGAAGAAAUUUAAGGAAUGACUUACUCGUGGCGGCAGAUUCCAUCACUAACACCAUGUCCUCUCUUGUGAAAGAGCUGAACUCAGAGGUGGGAAGUGAAACCGAGAGUAAUGUGGAUUCUGAAUUUGCACACACUCAGUUUGAGGAACUGGUUCCAUCACCAACCUCUGAAAAGGCUUUUCUAGCCCAAAUCCAUGCCCGAAAACAUGGAGAAGCUUCCCCAAGCACCAUGCGCAGUGACUUGGUUACAGAAGAUGGGGAUCCCUACGUGCGGCCUGAAGAUGAAAACUAUGAGGAGGACUCAGUCCGGCAGCUGGAGAAUGAGCUUCAGAUGGAGGAAUACCUGAAACAGAAGCUGCAGGAUGAAGCCUACCAGGUCAGCUUGCAAGGUUGAAUACAAUAUCCUUUUAUCACUCUCCUCUCAAGCAAGCUAUAGUCAGACAGAUGAUGAAGGUAACAUGAAAACUGAUGAUGAAGGAAAGCGCUGUGCACACCCACAGAGGAGAAGACAGCAGCCUGGCAGCAACCUCAUCGAAGAGAGAAAUCACCACCAUUCGCACCCGCUCCCAGCAGACCCCCAUCCCUAAGAUGUGUUCUGCCGACCAUAGUGCAGCUAACUUAUUUGUUCUAAAAUUUGUAGUCCGUAGGUGUGUGUUUGGAGAAGAAAAACAAACAAAAACAAGAUUUCUGUUGGAUGCUAAUAUAGCUACAUCUUCUGUAACAUGACUCAUCCCCUGGUUAAAAUUAAACAGGCUGAAACCCCAGCUGCCGUUUGUCACAGUGGCAGUGUUAACAAGCAUCUCAAACCUUUGCACAUGAUACUGAACCUGUUCUGUUUACAAUGACACUAUUAAUAACUGUUUAUAGCUAGAAAUGUGAUUUCUGGAAUUCUUUGAGAUUUUAGCAAAACUGUUUCUUAUACACUGUACAUUUUGUCCCCGUGGCAAUUGGAAAAAAUAAAACCACUAGCAGAUAGUCACUGAAACCCUAAAGGAUUUGGUUCCUGAGUAGUCAGGCUCAGAGCUUGGACACCAAGAAGGCCUGUGGCCUGUAUCACCCGCUAUUGUCACCAAGUCUCUAAGUGAGGACUUGGACUGAGCAUACCAAGAAAAUCCAGGCUCGGGGGCCUCUUUCCAACCUGGGGUAUUUUUUUUUCUUUCAAGAUACUCUAAUGAAUCAGCCAUAGAACUUAGUGUAAAUAUUUUUUCCGAAUAGAUAUCAUAUUCAAAACAAAAAAAGGCAACAUUCAAAUGAUAUAGAAUCUAGUUUUUAAAAUCAGCACAGAUCUUCUUAAAAACUGUGAACUAUGUUUUGAAAUACUCGUUACUAAGCUGUUUAUAAACCACAGGUGCCAUAAGAUCCACAAUGGACUCAAGUUCUCCACACCCUUCCAUGGUCUUGUUCCUCUCGUCGUAGCUUUAGGGAGCAUGCCUCUAACCGCACUGCUCAUUCAUUCACAAGUUCCCUUAUCAGGUUGUUUGGAGGCCUUCAGCUUUAAAUGUACAGGCUUAAAGUGCGCUUGCAAACGUUCGCUAUCCUUUCCUUUCUGAAUGUGUAUUGCCUUAGCCUGCUACCUGAUGUUCUGCAUGCAGCCUUCUGUGGUCAUGUGAGAGGAAAUAGGUACAAGUGGGAUUUUGCACUCAAUGAAAAGCCUACGUGCAAAAGGACUGUAGGAGAAGGGAGUAUGAAAGAUACUGGGGUUGGUCUUCUCUGAUGGCCCUCCUUGGGGGGAGAGGGGAGGGGCUGGCGCACAGAGGAACUCCCUUAGAGAUUUUGGCAAAAUUGAAAGUAAUCAUCUUUUGCCUGUUUCAAGAUUUGGUAACACUAAAAACAACUUGCAACAUACUAGGGUACAGUAAGUAGCUUUGCAGCUUCUCUGGAAUUCCUUUUUCCUUUAAAAAAAAAAAAAGAACAUUUUAGACACCAGUUGUCAAAGGGUGUUUCCGGGACCAGCAGCAUCCUCAUCACCUGGAAAUUUAUUAGAAACAAACACUGUGCCCCAAUCUAGGGUUUACAGAAUCAGAAACUCUGGAGGUCAAGCCCAGAAAUCUGCAUCUUAAUAAGACCUGCAGGUGACUAAUAGAUAGUACAGGCUGAGAAACACUGCUAUAGAAUAAAAUUACAUCAUAAAAAUGUCUGUCAAAGCCUUAGUCGAAAUUAGUAAGAGGUUCUGAGUCAACCUCAAAGCUGUUGCAACUUAUUUUGCUUUCAGGGCUGACAUACACUUUUUUCCUACCCCGCCUAGUUCAUAGCUGGUGGGUGUCCAGCUGAGAACAGAUCUGAUAUAUUCAAGCUUCCUCUUCAAGAUGUCCCUGUCUCUGCAGUUGGUCACACGCCUAUCUCCUUAGCUACCCUUUGGGACAAAAUCGCUUGCCUGGGAGCUUGUACAGCUCUUGGUUGGCCUUAGUAAGGAACCCAUUCCAGCCAUGGAUGGAAUUCACCCUAUUCCCCUCCAGAGAACCAGCCUGACAGACGCCCUAGAGAACAGGCUGAUACCAAAGUGGCACAACUGCACAGUUCUCAGAUUUCUUUGCACAGAUGGAUUUGAUUGCGGGUUUUGUUGGUCGAGUUUAAUGUUUAUCUCCUUCCCACUGCCCAUUCGCUGUUGGAGCUGCACAUCUCUAGAUGGUGCAGGUGGCCACGCGUGCCUCAUACUCAGCACUUAAAACCACUACAUCCCAGCUACCUACAUUGCCGUCAGCUCUAAGAUAUCGCCAGGUUGUUCUUGAACACAGAACUCUGGCCCUGUGGUCAUGAACCUCAAACUGGAAGGAGCUGAUCUAUAUUGUCACUUUGUCUUUCUACAUAGAUGUUUGUCGAAGGUGUGAACUUGUUUUACUGAUAACCUCCCCCCUUGUCAUAGCUUUCAUUGACAGCUUCGUCACCAGUGGUUGAUUCCAGCGUACAAAGCCACUGCAAGGACUCUGGAAAUUGCUGCCCAUGACCAAUUCCUGACUAACCAGCCACCUUUUCUUUCUCUUAGCUCCGCGUCAGCACUGAGACCAGACUCAAGCACCCCUGUCCUGUAACCGAGACAAAAUGGCGUGUAUUAUUUUGGGGUUUUGUAUUUUUGGGUGGCUUUAUUUCCUUGGCUCUCCAAAUUUACUUUUGGGGCCUGUCCUAAGUGCAUACCCAGUAGGUUUUCUCUGCCCUGUCCAUUAGAUACCAUUAUAUCUCCCAGGGGGGCGUUUAUUUCUUUCCACGAUGAAUUCCACACCCAUCCCCAUCAGAGAUGAUGGCCUAUUCUUGAGCACAGGUCUAACACAACCACUCCCUCCCACGCAGAACCACGUCAAUGAGGGAGGAAAGAGGGUGAAACCUACUAUAUGGGAUUCAGGAAUCAGUUGUGUGGUUGGUCUGGAUGGAAGUCGGGGUAAGUUUGGUUGGUCCGAGAGAGAUGUGCUGGAGAUUGUGAAAAAAAUGGAUUCUUGAAUGAUCUAUUUUAAGGCAGGGAAGGUUCCUUUGUAAGUAGUAAUGUGAACUGAAUUGCAUAAGAGUGUGGCCUUUGUUGUGAUAUACUCUGUAUUUUCUUAUAUGCAUGAGCCAAAGUGUUGCAUCAUAAGUUAGCACUGAUGUCUACUUUUAUUUUGAUCAUCUUUGUUCACCCUUAUUAGUUCUUGGCUGUUAACUGUAGAUAGCCCUUGUAAAUACAGCAACCUUCGGUUGCUGCAAUCACUUUGGUUGAUUCCACACAAGGAGCCACAAACAAAAACUACACUGUGUCCUCAGAAGAUAGGGUAUUUUUACUUUUGAACCAAAAAGAAAAAAAAAAAGAAGCAUUACAUCUUAAGGCUAAUUAACUGUAAGGCAUUUUUAAUUAUGACUACUGUAAUUUGACACCGUUUGAAAUAACAAAUUCAGAGACACUAAAAAUUUCACAAUAUUCAUUGGUAUUGUAAUAAAACUACUAUUGUAUGGAUUUUUUUGUAAUGCUGUUAAGUAUUGUUUUGUGUGUGUAUGUGUGUGUUGGAACCUCCUGGGGACAUGUUCUAUUUUGAAGUGAUUAAACUAUUUAAUUGUGUGUCUAUAUUUUGGAAUGAAAUUAUUUCUUCAUUAAAAAAUGUUUUUUUAAAUGCUA